AUGUCAGAAGUUAACCUUCAGAUUCUUCAAGACUAUAGUGAUGAAGAAGCAUUUCUCCAGGAGCUCCAAAAUGCCCAAGAUUUUCUUCAACCGAACCAAGCAAAGCCAUUCUUCAAGAUCGUUUUACAACAUUUUGAAGAAAUGGUUCCUUUAGAAAUCGGACAGAAAAUACUAUCAACAUUGGCUCAUGUGCUAUGCGUUAAAAAGAAUAUGAGCUAUUUCGCUGCUGGUGAUUUUGCGUUAUUACUUCCAUUCCGUCAAAAGAAUCUUACUAAUGAUGUUUUAGACGUCUUAUACACUGUAAUUACACGUUGCCCAGAAGCUGUCACAGAAGAUCUUGCUAAUCUCUUUGCAAAACUUAUUAUUCGCAAUCCAAAGAAAACGUUAGUUUUAAUUUCUGUUUAUACUCAAUUCUUUGACGAACUUGAGAAUCCUUACCCUCUCAUUGAUAUGCUUUUCAAUGGAGAACAGUAUUUCCUUAAAGAAGCAACAGCUUUAGAUUAUCUUAACUUAUUAAUGUAUCUCACACGCGAAUUUCCAUCAUUCCGUGAUGGCAGAUCAAACGAAGUCUACCAAAUUGCUUUGAAAGGCCUUAAAUCAGAAAAUGAAGAAGUUGUUGAAAUUUCAUUCAACUGCCUUGCCACAGUAGCUGCAUAUCUUGAAGAUAUUAAAAUACCUACAAAGGAAAUUCGCCAAUACAUCUCUAACAAGGCUGUCAGAAUGAGUGUUUUGAAUUAUCUUGCAGUUUGCCCACCAUUUGAAGAAUCUAAUCCUAAAUUUAUCAAGUCAAUACUUAAAAUAGCCCAGGAUGAAGUCCUUGCUACAUUAGUUCUCAUGAAACUCUGUUCCCAAUCUGUCGAAGUUGGAUCUAUUCUUACUGAAGAUUCCAGAUGGAUGAAUGCUGAUCUCCCAACACCAGAAGACACAUUCAGACUAUUCCUUGUCGUUUUCGGACACAAGGAAUUAAGAAAUAAAUUAUCUCGCACACCAGAGUUCGUUCCGUUCCUCCAAUCCCUCGUGGACCUUCACAAUGUUCCAAUGCUCAAUGCAAUCUGCACUAUUUUGAGACGUGUUAAGGUCACAAGAGAUCUUAUUAAGAGAAUGUCUGAUGCAAGGCUUAUUUCUUCAUACCUCGAGACUUCUGAUGAAAUUGGCACGGUGGAGGCGAGGUACGAAUCAAUUCUUUUCUGCGAUACAAUGUCAAAAAUCGCUUAUACAAAAGAAUUCGUUCCAAUGUGCGAAGCACUCGUUGAAACUGUCGAAAACGAAGAUGAAAACUUCGGCUACGCUGUUGCUUUGGCUACAGAUUUCUGCGAACACGAGAGAUGCCUUAACAAACUUAAGAAAUGCGGUAUGGUCAACGUUUUGAAGAAUUCGCAGUACGCUUCAAAGAAGAGAGUCAAAGAACUCAUUCAACUGCUUACCCAGUAA